AUGAUCACAGAUGUACAGUUGGCUGUAUUCUGCAACAUUCUUGGAGCGACAUUAUUUUGCUUAGUAUUUCUCUUUCACUACGUAUAUGCUAAUUAUUCGAAGUAAAGGAGUAAUAUGUUGCUGAACAUAACCUUAAUCCGCUUCAUCAAACACUAAUACAUAUAUUGAUACAUUAUGUAUUGUUUUUAAUACAUAAUGGUUACUUAAAGUAAAUGAUAUCAUGUUGGUAAAUAUAUUGUUUAUAAAAUAAAAAAUUUUUACUUUCUUCAUUCCUUGCAUAAAUAGCAUGUAAAACAUAUACCAAUUGUAAAAUAAAGAUUAAUGGAUAUAUAAUCAGUAAAA